AUGUACAUCAAACAGGUUAUCAUCGAGGGUUUCAAGAGCUACAGGGAGCAGGUCGCCACGGAGGAGUUUUCACCCAAAAUCAACUGUGUUGUUGGUGCUAAUGGAUCGGGAAAGACAAACUUCUUUCAUGCCAUCCGCUUUGUGCUGAGCGACCUGUUCCAGUCCCUGCGUGGUGAAGAUCGUCAGGCUUUGCUGCAUGAGGGCGCAGGGCAGCAGGUGCUGUCCGCGUUUGUGGAGAUUGUGUUUGACAACUCCGACAACCGUCUACCGGUGGACAGGGACGAGGUACGGCUGCGGCGAGCCAUCAGCGGUCGCAAGGAUGAGUACUGGCUCGAUCGCAAGCACAUCACGAAGCAAGAGGUUCUCAACCUUCUGGAGAGUGCUGGCUUUUCUCGCUCCAACCCAUACUAUGUGGUGCAACAGGGAAAGAUUGCGUCGUUGUCACUGAUGAAGGAUGCGGAGCGGCUGAACCUGCUCAAGGAGAUUGGAGGCGCACGCGUGUACGAGGAGCGGCGCAAGGAGAGCCUCAAGAUCAUGCAGGAAGCAGAGGUGCGCCGGCAGCAGAUUGCAGACUUCCUCGCCCACAUCGAAGCCCGUCUCAAGGAGCUGGACGAGGAAAAGGAGGAGCUCAAACGCUUCCAGCUACUGGACAAGCAACGCCGCUCGCUCGAAUACGCCAUCUUCGAAAAAGAGCUCGCAGAGGCUCGCGAUCAGCUGGAAAACGUAGAGUCGCGGCGGCAGCAGGUGCAAGAGCGCACGAGUGGGACCCACCAGAAGGCGCGGGAGCGGCAGGAGGAGGUGAAGGAGGUGGAGCGGCAGCUGAAGGCGAAGAACAGGGAGCUGCAGGGUCUGGUGCAGGAGCAGGAGCGCGUGGAGGAGCAGAGGAACGAGGGCAUGCGCGCGUGCAUGAGGCUGCGGCUCGAUGUGAAGGAGCUCGAGCAGGCGCUAGAGGCGGACCAAGGGCGCAAGCAAGAGCUGGAGGCGGAGCUGCAGCAGCUGCAGAGGGACAUCGCCAAGUCAAACGCUGACCUGGAGGCGAUUCACCCGCAGCACCAGCAGCACGUGGCAGAGGAGAAUGCGCUGAACAAGAGGCUGGCAGAGUGUUCGCGCCGACUGGACGCACUGUAUGAGAGGAAGGGGCAGAAGGCGCAGUUCAAGAGCAAGGACGAGCGCGACCGGUGGCUCAGGCGCGGCAUUGCAGAGCUGGAGCAGCUGGUGCAGCGCAGUGCAGCACAGUUGAGGGGUCUGGAGGCAGAGAGUGAGAGGCUGAGGCAGGCGGGGCAGCAGCUACAGGAGGAGAUGGAGCAGAAGGGACAGCAGGUGGGGGAGGCAGAGGCGGAGGUAGCACGAUGUGCAGAGGAGAUGCGAGGGGCCAAGGCACGGAGGGACGAGCAAAACAGCCGCCGCAAGCAGCUGAUGAAGCAGGAAGCGGACCUGGCAGCAGAGGUGAAGCGAGUGAGCGAGGAGAAGGAUCGAGCGGAGGGGCAGCUGGACAAGUCAACCCCCAGGGACAUCCGCCGCGGGCUCUUCUCGCUGCGCCAGAUAGUGAGGGACCAUUCCAUCCGGGGGGUGCACGGGCCGCUGCUGGAGCUCGUAGCCUGCGACGACAAGUUCGUCACUGCGGUCGAAGUCACCGCAGGCAACAGCCUGUUCAAUGUCGUGGUGGAUAAUGACGAGACUGCCGCCCGGCUCGUGCGGUACUUGAACCAGCAGAGGGGCGGGCGGAUCACAUUUAUUCCGCUGAACCAGGCACGUGCACCGACGGUGGCGUGUCCGGAGAGGCAGGACGUGGUGCCACUGCUGUCCAAGGUCAAGUACGAGCCGCAGAUCGCUGCUGCUUGCGGACAGGUAUUUGGCCGCGCUGUGGUCUGCCGCGACCUGUCAGUGGCAGCUGACGUGGCACGCUCUGGAAGCUUCGACUGCAUCACACUGGAAG